CCCUCCCACCUUGCCCCGGGGCCGACGAGCGGAGCCCCGGGCGCCCCCUCUUCGCCGGCAGCCCCGCCAGCGCCACCCCCCGCGGGCCGCAGGGGCUCAUGCAGCCGCCAAGGGAGAGGCUAGUGGUAACAGGCCGAGCUGGAUGGAUGGGUAUGGGGAGAGGGGCAGGACGUUCAGCCCUGGGAUUCUGGCCGACCCUCGCCUUCCUUCUCUGCAGCUUCCCGGCAGCCACGUCCCCGUGCAAGAUCCUCAAGUGCAACUCUGAGUUCUGGAGCGCCACGGCGGGCAGCCACUCCCCAGCCUCGGACGACGCCCCCGAGUUCUGCGCGGCGCUGCGCACCUAUGCCCUGUGCACGCGGCGCACGGCCCGUACCUGCCGGGGCGACCUGGCCUACCACUCGGCCGUCCAUGGCAUAGAGGACCUCAUGAGCCAGCACAAUUGCUCCAAGGAUGGCCCCACGUCGCAGCCGCGCCUGCGCACCCUGCCACCGCCGGGCGACAGCCAGGAGCGCUCCGACAGCCCCGAGAUCUGCCACUACGAGAAGAGCUUCCACAAGCACUCGGCGGCCCCCAACUACACGCACUGCGGCCUCUUCGGGGACCCGCACCUCAGGACUUUCACAGACCGCUUCCAGACCUGCAAGGUGCAGGGCGCCUGGCCGCUCAUCGACAAUAAUUACCUGAACGUGCAGGUCACCAACACACCUGUGCUGCCCGGCUCGGCCGCCACCGCCACCAGCAAGCUCACCAUCAUCUUCAAGAACUUCCAGGAGUGUGUGGACCAGAAGGUGUACCAGGCUGAGAUGGACGAACUCCCCGCCGCCUUCGCCGACGGCUCCAAGAACGGCGGGGACAAGCACGGGGCCAACAGCCUGAAGAUCACGGAGAAGGUGUCGGGCCAGCACGUGGAGAUCCAGGCCAAGUACAUAGGCACCACCAUCGUGGUGCGCCAGGUGGGCCGCUACCUGACUUUCGCGGUCCGCAUGCCGGAGGAGGUGGUCAAUGCCGUGGAGGACCGGGACGGCCAGGGCCUCUACCUCUGCCUGAGGGGCUGUCCCCUCAACCAACAGAUCGACUUCCAGGCCUUCCGCGCCAACGCCGAGGGCCCCGGCCCCCGCAGGCCGGCGGCUGCCAGCCCUGCGCCCGUGGCCCCGGACACCUUCCCGUACGAGACGGCCGUGGCCAAGUGCAAGGAGAAGCUGCCCGUGGAGGACCUCUACUACCAGGCCUGCGUCUUUGACCUGCUCACCACGGGCGACGUGAACUUCACGCUGGCCGCGUACUACGCCCUGGAGGACGUCAAGAUGUUGCACUCCAACAAAGACAGGCUGCACCUGUACGGGAGGACUCGGGAGCCGCCGGGCCGGGCCGCCGCCGCGGGGCUGCCCCCCGCCCCCCGGAACCAGAGCCCGCCUCAGGCCUGA